AUGCAGUCCCUGAGACAGAUGCGGCCGGCAGGCAAGCUCCUGAACCAAGCCGCGAAGCGUGCAUACAGCGCCUCGGCAGCUGGCCCUUACACCAAGACCAUUGACAACCUGCGCAUCAACUCCGAGACCAAGGUGCUUUUCCAGGGCUUCACUGGCAAGCAGGGAACCUUCCACGCGCAACAGGCCAUCGACUACGGCACCAAGGUCGUCGGUGGAACGAACCCCAAGAAGGCUGGCCAGGAGCACCUCGGUCUCCCCGUCUUCGGCAACGUCAGCGAGGCUGUCAAGGAGACUGGCGCCGAUGCCACUGCCAUCUUCGUCCCCCCCCCUCUGGCCGCCGCCGGUAUCGAGGAGGCCAUUGCCGCUGAGAUCCCCCUCGUCGUCUGCAUUACUGAGGGUAUCCCCCAGCAUGACAUGGUCCGCAUCACCAACAUGCUGAAGACGCAGUCCAAGACCCGCCUCGUCGGCCCCAACUGCCCCGGCAUCAUCGCCCCCGGCCAAUGCAAGAUCGGCAUCAUGCCCGGCUUCAUCCACAAGCGCGGCCGCAUCGGUAUCGUCUCCCGUUCCGGUACCCUUACCUACGAGGCCGUCAACCAGACCACCCAGGCCGGUCUCGGCCAGUCCCUCGUCGUCGGUAUCGGCGGUGACCCCUUCAGCGGCACCAACUUCAUCGACUGCCUCAACGUCUUCCUCAAGGACGAGGAGACGGACGGCAUCAUCAUGAUUGGCGAGAUUGGUGGUUCCGCCGAGGAGGACGCCGCUGACUUCCUCCGCGCCAACAACACCGUUAACGGCGGCAAGCCCGUUGUCUCCUUCAUCGCCGGUAUCUCCGCGCCCCCCGGCCGCCGCAUGGGUCACGCCGGUGCCAUCGUUUCUGGCGGCAAGGGCGGUGCCGACUCCAAGAUCUCCGCGCUUAAGUCCGCCGGUGUCAUUGUCGAGCCCUCCCCCGCCGGCCUCGGCAAGGCCCUCUACGACGAGUUCGUCCGCCGCGACCUCUUGUAA